GCCCCAGCCAGCGCCGCCGGUCUCCUUCGCCGGCUGGCAAGCCGGCCAGGGACUGAGCCGCCAAGGCUGGAAGGUUGCCGAGGCCGGUUUCACGGGGCGCCGGGGGAGAACAAGCGCCACCGAUCCGGGGGGGGGACUGCGCAGCGGGUCCCUCACGUGAUAUGCGUCGGUAUUUUCUUCAGUGCGCGAAUUUGAAAUUGAUAUCCCCGUCCAUCGAUUUGCCCGUCCGUUCAUCUGCUCGUCCGCCCAUCUGCCCGUCCGUCCAUCUGCCGAUCGAUCCGUUGAUCUGCCUCUGUGUUGACUGCCAAGCAAGACAGCAUCCGCUGCUCGCAACAAUCGCCAUCGGUGUACCCGAGCCGAGCUGCUGUAUCCGCCGUCUGCAUUCAUAUCCAAGACCCGCCCCCUCCCGUCUCAAUGGUCGCUGCCUCGCUCUCUGCCCUGCCCUCGGGGAUCUGCAUGCACUCUGCACCGCUUCUCCCUGCAAUGAACAUCGGCGAACCGCCAUCGGUUCCGGCCCUGGAUCUGCCCAAACCAUCCAGCCUCUCGCCGAAUCCACCCACGGACUCAACCACGCCAAAGUCGCUGCCCCUGCGCCGCAAGUCCUGUCUGCUUUCCCACUCGGCCUCGCCAAAGUCCCGCAGCGCUAUUCUGCCCCGUCGCCAGGUGUCCUUCAGCGAGCUGGUCAAUGUCCACGGCGCCCACAGCGACUACGACCGCACACCAUUGGAGCCCUCUCGCCUCAAGAUCGACGAUCUGCUCGAGCUGCUCAAGGUCCGUGCCGAGGUCGAUGAAAUCACACAGCUCAACGUCAAGCUGAGCCAGCCGACGCAGCAAGAGUCCGAAUGCACAUCGUCUCCGCCAGCAAGCGACCUUUCCGACGACGAUAGCGAAUAUGAUGAGCCGGCACCCCUCGCAAACAAACCUGUGUCUGCCUCGGUCGAGAAACCCACAGCCCCGCCACAACCCUUGGCCCUCUCUGCCAUGGCCCCUCCGGUCGUUCUGAGCGACGCAGACCUCUCUGUCCCGGUCAUCACGACGCUCUCGCAGUCCAACCAGAUCCUGCGGCACAAGGUCACCACCCACUCCCUGUCCUCCAACUCGGCCUGCUUCGAGUCUCCCCGAUACUGCAUCCUCCCCAGCAUCCCGAACCGACCCUCGGUCUUGACACCAGCACCGGCGCCGCUCACUCGCCUGCAUUCCGGCUCCGACAACAUCGUUGUAGUCGGCAAGUCCUUUGCCGAUGACAUCCGGAUUCCGCUCUUGUGAUGCUGUGGAUGGGCUGUCCGGUCCCGUGCUAUCAUACGUCAUAUUGUGUCAUAUCCGCUUGUCAACACCUUUGAUCCGCGCCACUCGACAUGCAAACGGGGUCUGUCUGAGAACUACCU